AUGUACCGUCCUGACGCCGAAGUCACCGAAAUACACACCCUGAACUCCACACGACACCCGCAGGCUAAUGGCCAGGUGGAAAGGGCUAACCGUACAAUAGUUACACUGUUGAGUGUUACCGGAAGAGACCAUACUAGCUGGGAUAUGCAAUUACGGCAAGUGGAGAACAUGCUAAACACCGCACCAAACAAAUCCACGACGAAAACGCCUUACGAAACUUUACAUGGUUAUCUGCCUCGCUUCUUCAAGGGUAUUCUACCCACUCUUAGUCUCACUGGAACCGACUGGCGCGACCCUCAUGACGUUCAAGCCGAGGCACGCGAAAACAUCACUAAUGCUCAGGUAAAAAUGAAAAUUGCUCACGACCGGAAGAGAUACGAAGGCAUAAAAUAUGAAGUGGGUGAAAUUGUGGUGAUGUUGAAACAGCCAGUUCCACAUCUAUCAACAAAACUACAAUCAAAAUAUCGUGUGAAACCGCUGCAAGUGGUAGAAGUACUGCCGAGUGACACCUACCGCGUCGCUGAAAUCGCCAUGGAUGGACACGAGACUUACGCGACUACAGCACAUGUCUCACAAUUAAAAUCUUGGAAAGUCCUGAAGGAAGACGACGACGAUGGAGACGAGGAUGACGUGAUUCGGGAAGCCAAUAACGGGGAAGGAAGGGCCGAGCAAUCCACGUCGACCUUACCAGUUACCAAGCCAAGGCGUAGCGCUAGAACUCAUCGACAACCGAGGUAUCUCGACGACUAUGCAUAA